GCACCCGCCCGGCCGGCCGCAGCAGGAAGCGGAGGCAGCGCGGCCCGGGAGCGGCCCCGGCGGGCGCGCCUCCUGUUCGACGGAGCAGCCCCGGGAGGCGGGAGCCCGAGCCGGAGCGAGACCCCAUGGCAGGCCCCGGGGGCGCCGCCCUGGACGAGCUGUCCCGGAACUUCACGUACGGGGCGCUGGGCGCCGGCAACGGCUCCCUGUCGGGCGCCUGGUACCGCCGGAACCAGUUUCACCUUUUUGGAGUUUUGCUGGCUGUUUUAGGAAACUUGGUAAUCAGCAUUUCCCUAAAUAUUCAGAAAUAUUCUCAUCUCCAGUCGGUGCACCGAGAGCACGCGAGGCCGUUCUUCAGGAGCUUGCUGUGGUGGGGCGGGGCGCUCCUGAUGGCCCUGGGAGAGGCGGGGAACUUCGCGGCCUAUGGAUUUGCCCCCGUCACUCUCGUCGCUCCGUUAGGCUGUAUGUCUGUUACAGGUAGUGCCUUUAUUUCUGUGAUGUUUCUGAAAGAAAAUUUGAGAGCCUCCGAUGUUCUAGGUAUGACACUGGCAUUUGCAGGAUCAUAUUUGUUGGUGAACUUUGCUCCAAACAUAUCCCAGGCUGUCUCUGCAAGAACAGUACAGUAUUACUUUGUUGGCUGGCAGUUCCUGAUCUAUGUGAUUUUAGAGAUAUUAAUUUUCUGCAUUCUCCUAUAUUUCUAUAAAAGAAAAGGAAUGAAGCACAUUGUGAUUCUUCUAACCCUGGUGGCACUUCUAGCCUCAUUGACUGUUAUUUCCGUGAAAGCUGUCUCGGGCAUGAUCACUUUUUCUGUGACGGAUAAAAUGCAGCUAACUUAUCCCAUCUUCUAUAUAAUGUUUAUCAUCAUGAUAGCGUCUUGUGUUUUCCAAGUCAAGUUCCUGAAUCAAGCCACGAAACUCUACAAUACAGCCACGGUGGUGCCCGUUAACCAUAUGUUCUUCACAACCAGUGCCAUUAUUGCAGGCAUCGUAUUUUAUAAGGAAUUCCUGGGUGCAGCUUUUCUCGCUAUGUUUAUAUACUUUUUUGGGUGUUUUCUGUCAUUCCUGGGUGUGUUUUUGGUCACAAGACAUCGAGAGAAGGAACAUCUGCCACAGUCUUACAUUGACUUGGGGACUAUUCCCGGGAAACAAACGCUGGAUAAAAUACAGCCAGAUUCAAACGGUUUAUCCCGUGGAACCCUGCCUGAUGGAAGUGACUCAACAAAGAGCCCAAGUGGAGAGAAGAAAGAGGUCUAAAGUGCCGAGAGCGAUGGCUGUGGGCCUGUUACUCGAUCCCACCUUCUUAAAAAGCUGCACAUGUUCCAUUUGUGUCAGCAGCUAUUUAUCGCUGACAUGUGCUCGCGUGCGUUCCAGGUCUCUGCCCACCUCCAUUCUGCGGACACUCGGGCCCCCCUGCGCUCUGACAGUCUAAUGCUCGCCUGGAAUGUAACUUGAAGUGCCCCCCACACCCGUGGCCUCUCCCUAGCGGGGCCUCUGGCCGCCUGGAUCCUAAUGAGAGCCUGGCUCCCCGAGCAGAACUGCCACGCAGAAACGUGCCCCGAUCUGGCUGCUCCCAGCGUCCAGGAGUGCCGGCUGCUUUGCUUUAAAGAGACACUUCCCCCACCCCUGCAGCCUGACUCCUGGAACACAGGUUUGAGAGCAAAUCAUUUUUUGAAAUCUCUUCUUAGCCGCCCCGUCAUGGUCUCACUUUUCUGUUCCUCAAUAAGAACAGGGAGUCAUCUUUUCUGAAAACCAGCCCUACUAUGCCCCUCCUUUAAACAUGAAGGGUGCCUUUAAGUUCGAAUUUACAAAUGGCAUUCUGAGAUGGGACAGACCAAACCUAAAGACCUUGCUGGCUUCUUAAGGGAAAAAACCCUAAGAACUAGGACCAGUUUUUUUAAAUAAUAUAGAACGGUGACGUUUCCUUCAGCUAUUAAGAUCCUAUUACACUUGAAUUGAAACUGAAGAAAAAACUUCAUAUCCUA